AUGGAAGACGAAUUCCAGCCGGAGCCAUACGAUCUGGCAUCGGACCCAGAGGAACAACGACUCAUCAUCUCAGUGCUAGACUCAUUCCGAUCGUACCGCCGGCACGCCCACUACAACGCAACACACACGCGGCGCCAAGCCUUCUACUCGCUGCCCUCAGCACACUGGACACUGCUAUCUCGGCCUCCCUUCUCGCUUCUCUCAACGCUGUCCACGAUAGACGAUCUGAUUGACCAGAACGCGGUGCUCGCCGAAGCCAUUUUCAGCGCGGGCUUCAAGGCGUUUCUCGCGCCGACGCUCGACAGCGAGUGGGCGGCGUCGAUUGUGCCGGAGCGCUAUGCGCACGACGAGUUCAAGGUCUUUGAUGUUGUGCUUGAUGCUCUGAUUGCGCGGGGCAGUGGAUCCGGUGCGUCCCAGCAUGACGUGGAUAAGGCGCGCAGCGCUAUCAACCAGUUCUACCGCGAAUGGAGUCUUGAAGGCGAGGGUGAGCGCGCUGCGUGUUUUGCGCCUGUACUUGGUGCCCUCGAGCAAGAAUACAUUUUCUCUUGUUCUUCGGAAUCAACAGACACACGGCCUGACCGCUCUACCUUCAGCAUCCUGGUUCCCGGCGUGGGUCUUGGGAGGCUUGUCUUCGACAUUUGCAGGCUAGGCUUCAGCGUCGAGGGCAACGAAAUCUCAUACCACAUGCUCAUGGCGAGUGCGCUCGCGCUCAACGAAACAAAGCACGCGGGCCAGUUUAGCAUUGCGCCGUGGGCGCUCAGCAGCUCCAACCACGUGUCGCGUGCAGACCAGCUGCGCACGGUAAAAGUGCCAGAUGUGCAUCCCGCGACGGUGCUUGCGGUGAGGGAGGCUCAGGGCUCGCGGGUCCCGGCGGCGGAGCGGCUCGGUAUGUCGACGGGGGAUUUCUGCGUUGUGUACGGGAAGCAGGAGUAUGCGGGUGCCUUCAAUGCAGUCACGACGGUGUUUUUCAUUGACACGGCGCCGAAUCUGAUUCGGUAUAUUGAGGCUGUGAGGAACACGUUGAAGCCUGGUGGUGUGUGGAUUAACCUGGGGCCGUUGCUAUGGCAUCCACCGCCACCGCCGUCGUCGCGAAGAGGGCAUGGAGGAGGGGAGGAUCAAGAGAAUGAUGAAGAAGAAAUGGAGAGGAAGAGAAGCAUGGGCAAGGGAGAUGCGGGAAUCGGGGAUCCAGGCUCUUUUGAACUCACGCAGGAAGAGGUGAUUGCGCUGGUCGAGCACUUUGGAUUUGCCAUUGAGAAGCACGAGACAGACACGAUUCAAACGGGGUAUAUUACCAAUACGAGGAGCAUGCUGCAGAGCACGUAUCGGCCAGCUUUCUGGAUUGCGCGGAAGAAGUGA